AGCCUACAUUUGCUCAUUGCUGUAGUUCACCUGCGUAGAGAGUGCUCCAAAGAGAGAUGGCAGUUGAAUCGAAAUUGGCUGGAUCAGGAGAGAAGGGAUCAUCAAGGCUCACGAGCAGCUUCUGGCUUGGGCUCUUGGCUGUAGGCACCUGCGCAGUGGCAGUGCCUGUCAUCCGCUGGUACUAUCGGAAGAGGAAGACCUUCGAGUAUGGCCCGUUGGAACUCGAAGAGAUGACACUCAAAGCGGCCAAGGAGUUGCAUCAGAAGGGCCAGAGGAGUCCCGUGCGCACCAGCCUUGUCCCUGAUGCACUGCUCGACCUGGAGGAGCAAGCAGAGGAGAUGCAACCCUCUUUGGCACCCUCAGCUGAGAUGGAUCACCGCACGAAGACUUUGGCGGACUUGGGGAUUCCCAGCUUCCGCCGCUUCCUUCGGGACCGAAAGCUCCCGGAUCCGAAACGGGGCCCUUGUGACACCCUGCAGCUGAACAUAGGCCUGUACUGCAACCAAGCAUGCAACCACUGCCACGUGGAAUCUUCGCCUUUGCGGAAGGAAAUGAUGUCAGAGGAAGUUGUGGAUAGAUGCUUACUGCUUCUCAAGAACACUCCGAGUGUGAAGGUCCUGGACAUCACCGGUGGCGCGCCGGAGCUGAACUCAGGCUUCCGGCGCCUCGUCGAAGGCGCUGCAGCGCUGCGGGAGACUGGGCGAGAGUUGCGCAUCAUCGACCGUUGCAACCUCACGGUCCUGCUUGAGCCAGGGCAGGAGACCUUGCCCAACUUCCUGGCUGAGCAUCGCGUGGAUGUGAUUUGCUCCCUUCCAAGCUACGAGCCAGAGCAGACCGAUAGGCAGCGUGGCCGAAAGGUCUUCGAGCGGAGUGUCCAGGGCCUCCGCAUCUUGAAUGAUCACGGUUAUGGUACAGGAGCCACUGGCCUACGCUUGGACUUGGUCUUCAACCCUCCGGGACCUUUCUUACCACCCAAGCAAUGUGCGCUUCAAGGCAAAUACAAGAAAGAGCUGGGAGAUGCCUAUGGCAUUAAGUUUGAUGGAUUGAUCACCAUCUGCAAUAUGCCCAUCAAGCGGUACUUUGACUUCUUGCGAAAGAAAGGUGCUUUGGAGGGCUACAUGGACCUCUUAGUCCGGAACUUCAAUGAACAAACGAUGCCUGUACUCAUGUGCACGAAUACCGUCAAUGUGGGCUGGGACGGCAAGAUGUACGACUGUGACUUCAACCAGCAGCUGGAUCUUGGCCUGGCUGGAUUGAGUGUCUUCGACGUUGAGAGCCUCGAUGAUGAGAAGCUCCGGCGAGCUGCCAUCGCCACUGCUGCGCAUUGCUUCGGAUGCACUGCUGCGCAGGGCUCUGGCUGACAGGGUGCGCUGGUCUAAACUCUGAUGGAGCAGAAGCAGCUCACCUGAUGAUUGUCUAUGAGAAAUUGUCUUAUUCAUGCUGUAUGUUCUAAAUAUAACAUGCCACGUGAUGUUUGGCUCCAGAUUUGAGAGCGAGUUGAUCGAGGCAGUCCACGAGUAUCUUCCGAGUGGGCUUUCGUUGGCUGAUUUGCAAGGAACAUACAGUGCAUUUAAAUAUAUUUAGGACCGUGAUCUCGAUUGGCUCUCAUUCCCCGACAGGGAGAGCUUCCUGAAAAUGGGAGGUCACAAACAGGUCUUCUCGUCAACUUCCCAACGAGGAGGUUGAGCCAACGAAAGCAAUGGUGGCAGUUGGGCUGCAAGUCCCAGACCAUUUGUCGCUACAGUAUGAUUCGGGCUGCUUCUAUACUUCCUUUGCUGUUCCUUUGCACUGCCGCCAAAUUCGGCAGUAAUUUUCCAGCAAAGAUGCCUGUGCAAUGAUUCCUCAAGUAUCGUGUUUGUUUUGGUGACGGCAUGCAAUGAUAGACCGAGUGCCAAUGCCUUGCAACUUUCGAC